AGCGGCGGUGGCUGCUGGGAGGAAGGUCAGUGAGCGGCGGUGGCUGCUGGGAGGAAGGUCAGUGAGCGGCGGUGGCUGCUGGGAGGAAGGUCAGUGAGCGGCGGUGGCUGCUGGGAGGAAGGUCAGUGAGCGGCGGUGGCUGCUGGGAGGAAGGUCGGUGAGCGGCGGGAGCUGUGAUGUCGGCGGGAGGCCAGUGAGAGCGGGAACCGUGUGCGGCCCAGGACGGCCCGGGGGCCAGAGUCACUGAGAGCGGAGGCCGGUCACUGACCUCAGGCCUCGCCAUCGACACAGGAACGCGAUGCAGGACAGAAUCCAACUCGCCUCGAGCGGUGAUGACAUUAAGAUCUGGGAUUCCGCCUCUAUGACAGUGGUGGAGCAGUUCAACCCACACAAAAAGUCCAGUGAUGUAACGUACGUGUGUUGGACCACUGAUAAUCAGUAUCUGGUUAGUGCCUCAUCCAGUGGUGAUAAAAUAGCCCUAACGUCCUGCAAGUCCACCCCGAUUCCUUUCAAAAAUCUUGCGGAGGAGAAAAAACAGACGUGUAUAAGUCUGAAUUCUACUUCCAAGUCUGUUGUGAGCGGAGGCCUUGAUAACACAGUAAAUAUCUGGGAUAUAAAAUCCAAGAGACUGCAUCGAAAUUUAAAGGAUCACAAAGAUGUAGUGAGUUGUGUAGCUUUCAACUGGAAUGACAAUUACAUCGCUUCAGGCUCUCACAGUGGUGAUAUCAUUUUACAUAGUAUCACAACCAAUAUUUCCAGUGCUCCGUUUGGCCACGGAAAUGCUGAGCCUGUACAGGACCUAAAGUAUUCAAAUUAUAGGAAAUCCUUACUGGGAAGUGUGCACGAUACAGGCACUGUCACUCUCUGGGAUGUGAACACACAAGUCCCUUACCAUUCCUUCAAAAGUGCCCACAGCGCACCAGCAUCCAGGCUCUGUUUCUCACCAGUAAAUGACUUGCUCUUUGCCACUGUUGGCUUGGAUAAAAAGAUCAUCUGCUACGAUACGUCCAGCAAGAUGAUCUUGCGGAAUAUUUAUGUUGAAUCUCCUUUGACCGCUAUAGACUUUAUGACUGAUGGAGCGACUUUGGCUGUAGGAACAAUCAGGGGGAAAAUUUAUAUCUAUGAUUUACGAUUGGCCACCUCACCACUAAAAAUUGUCACUGCCCACAGAAAACCAGUCCAAUGCUUAAAAUUUCAGCAAAGCUCAGCACAGUUUAAGUCAAAUGCUUUAAAAGGUUCGGCUAAUAAAUCUUCAACUGCACUGUCCCACGCAGCUGGUAAGAGGACGUCAGUUAAAAUGAACAGUGGAGCUGCGUGCAGUAACAAUGUAAAAGAUAUCCCGACCGUCACUGGGCAGUUGAGCACUCCAGAUGUCAGACCUUCUGUUGCUGCGGAAGACAAAGGAGCUGCAGGAAAUCCAGAAGAAACAGGAUUACAGCACAGUACCAGUCUCGACAUCAUUCCUUCCAAAGACACAGAAAAUAUCAAAACAGCAGAUAAUAGUGGCAGUUCUAAAAUCUAUGAAUCCGUGGGUAGAAACAGUUUUGGAGAUAUAUUCUCACCAGUCAGAGAUGAUACGACAGCAUCAGCACUAAGUGAAGACAGCGUGGGGAGAGGAGAUGGUUUGGAGUUUUUACCCCAUUUUAACAGUAUGUUUUCAACGAGAAGGAAUCCUGUCGGUGCCAGUACAAAAACACGUCUGAACAGUAUCGAUUUGCGACUCUUAAUAUCUCCUCCAAUUAAGGAGCAGGAUGAAACUCACGAGCUGACUACAACAGCAACAGCUAACAAAAUCCACGUAGCAAAACCCGACUCGAAAGAAUCAGGCCGACAGUUUCCUAAUAAAGAUGUCAAUUUCUUGGCCAAGAUCAAUUCUUCCAAUAUCGAUUCUGGGGUCUUGAGAAUCCCAUUAACAUCCUCUUUGAUAAAAACACCUGAUGUGUGUGAAAGAAAGGGAAGAGAGAUCCAGCAGCCUCAGAACUCCCCACUGAACGACGUGCCUAUAGCUGGUGUGCGGGUGACAAAUUCAGCUGUGCCAGAAGUACUGACCGUAUCUGAGCAAAUUGUCAAUACUUUGGGGAGCGAUGGGUCAGGACCUCAAUUAACAUCGGUUCAAAUCCAAUUAAUUAAGAAUAUGAUAGAAGAUACCUUGGAGGAUUACAGAGACGCCUGGCAUCGAGAUGUGGUGAAUCUGCAACUGGAGAUGAUCAAACAAUUCCAAAUCCAACAGAAUGAGAUCCAUGGUUUGCUGGAGAGAUACUCUGUAAAUGAAGCAUUGGUAGCAGAGAACGAGCGAUUGCGAGAAGAGAAUAAGAGACUUCGUGCGACCUUCUGAUGGAGCAAGGAGCAGUGCCUGGACUCAUUCAAGCUGUUUAUUCUGAUGGAAAAGGCAAUAAUUCUUUCAUUGCUGCAACGCCAAUAUAACCUUGUUUGCCGAUUUCAACACGUUUAACAAAUAAAAACACUCAGCGUGUCAAUGUUCUGUUAACACAGGCUUGUUCAUUAGAUUAGUCCAUUUCUAUUCAUCUAAAAUUAACUUAAACCUUGUAUGAAAAGUACCAUUGCGCUAAAAUAGUUGGAUUAAAACUUUUAACAAUCAGAGUUUGUCAACCUAUACUGCGCAGCUGGAUUCAGGUAAAUGUACAGCUGAUCUGAGAGGAAAUGUGGAGCAGGAUCUCAGGUUAAUUUGAGUGAAAGAUUGUUGUUCUUUAUUUGAAUUGGGAUAAUAUUUUGGAAUAGAUGUCUGUUUUCCAGAUUCUUAGUUGUUCAGGAAGAAUUCAAACGGCAAACAUUUCUCCCAGUAAACACUUAACAAAGAGUGCGUGAGUAUGCAAGGAAAAAGGACAACAGUUUGAACAGAAAUAUUGAUGUAAAUGUUGAGAUGAAUAUACUUACUGUUUUACCAGGGGGAUCAGGUCUGGAUCAGCUUUUUGUUUUUUGCCCAUUAAGAUUAACCCUCAUUUUAUCCCCUCAGAAAAGUAACGGAAUCUCAGCCUCACAUUGUUAAUCGGUUGUCUUAGUGCAAGCUGUUUCAUCAGCUAAUAUUUUGGCGUUCUUUUAUCUGACUAAUUUAUGGGGCUAAUAAUAAUAAUUCCUUCAAAAAGAAUAAUUCACUACUGUUUGUGUGACAUUGCUGUGCGCAAUUGGCUGCCGUAUUUCACCCCGAAAUGUACAGUCACUACACUUUACGGUAUAUUCUGUGAAGCGCUUUGAGACGUCGCAAAGACGUGAUAAGGCGCUGUAUCAGAUGUAAGGAUUGUUAUUUUUCAAAAACUAACAUCUUUGUAUUAAUUUCUGGUAUAAGCAGUAUUUUUGGAGAACUUGUAUAGAAAUUCAAUUAAAAAUGCUACAUAUUUGCCAGAAGGAGACUAUGUCAAGUGCCUUUUUUCAGAUUUAGAAGUUUUGGAAUAAGCAGGUUGAGCAAAUAGACAAUAAAUUUCAUCCUCUAUUUUUGGUUGACUACCCUAAUAUCUGAAGAAUUAAGUAACUGUCUAUAGUCAGCAAUGUUAUUUAAUACAGAUAGUUAUGGAUUGCUGCAGUUUGCUGUUUACCACACCUAUUUUGUAACGAACUUUCUGGUAUUGACAGUUCAAUUGCAGUAUUUUUUUGAUGGAAAAUAUACUAUAUUAAAAGUGUAAUUAAGCAAUAAAUGUAAAGGUAAAUUAAA